AUGGCUUGUAUUCAACAAUACAAAGUUCUUUCAAACAUAGGAUGUGGAUCUGAGCAUCUUGUGUAUAAGGCUUAGUUUAAUUUAAAUUCAGAAUUGUAUGCUAUUAAAAUGGAAAAAUCUCCUCGACUAGGUCAGUUAGAGAAUGAAAUAGAAAUGCUCUAAAAAUUGAAUGGAGUUGAAGGUGUUCCACAAAUAAAAUAAUUUGGAUUAACUUAAGAUAAAAAGUAAUAUUUAUAUAUAUUGAUUAGAUGCUUUUUGAUUGUACCAUUACUUCAUAGUAGCUUAUUAGAUUUAUCAAAAUCAGGCUCACUUUCUUUACCUCUUAUAUUGACUAUUGGUUUAGGAGUCAUUUAAAUUUUAGAAAGAGUUCAUAAAAAAGAAAUAUUACAUCUAGACAUUAAACCAGAAAAUAUCAUGCUUUCUCAACAAAUAUCAAAUGAUUAAGAUGUCUUAAAGCCUGGAUUGAUUCAGCUGAUUGAUUUUGGCUUAUCACAGUAAUUCAUAAAGAACUCAGAAACUUUAAAAGAUGUGUUUAUUGGAUCUUUAAAUUUUGCAAGUAGAUCUUCACACUAAGGAAAGCCAAUUGGAUAUAGAGAUGACUUAGAAAGUUUAUUAUAUGUAUUAUGCUACUUAAAAGAUUGUAAUUAAUUUAUUUUAUAAAGUUAGUGAAACUGCCAUGGUCAGAGAAGCAAUUUUGGGGAUUCAAAGAAGUUGAUUUAGAUAAGAUUGGUAACAAAAAGUCAUCUUUCUUUAAAACAAUUUUAUUAUAACAACAAUCUUAUCUAAAUUUUUAGCCUUUUAUGUCUUACAUUGAUGGAUUAAAGCAUGAUAUUAUGCCAGAUUAUAAUUUCAUCAAAGAGUUAUUUACUUUAAUGAUUUAAAGAGCCAAUCCUUUUUAAUCUUCAUUAAAAUAAUGGAGUUAAAUAGCAUUUUGUACUUCGAUUUAAAUAAAAACUUUAUUGCAUGAUUCAGAAAACAUAAAAAAUUCACUUUAAAAUAUUCAACAAUAAUAUACAACUGAAGAGAUAAUCGAUGAUGAAUUUCUUGAAAAAAAUAUAGUCUUCCUCUCAGAUGUCAUUGGAAAUUAUACAACAAACUCAAUUAAAUCUAUAAAAGACAUCAAAUUAUAGAAAGUUAACUUUAUUAUAUGA